AUGACUGUCUUAAAAUCCGAAUCUUUCAAUCCAUUAGAAGAAUCUUACGAAGGUGGGAAACCAUUGGAUUAUUCCAAAAACACAGAAACUAAAUCCUGGGCCAACGUCAUCCCAAACAAACAAGGGUUAUACGACCCAAACUAUGAAAAAGAUGCCUGUGGUGUUGGUUUCGUGGCUAAUUUCAAAGGGGUCCAAUCCCAUAAGAUCGUCUCAGAUGCAAAAUAUCUAUUAUGUAACAUGACGCAUCGUGGUGCUGUCUCUUCAGCCGGUAAUGGUGAUGGUGCAGGUAUCCUUGUGGGCAUGCCUCAUGUUUUCUUCAAAAGAGAAUUCAAAUUAGACCUUAAUAUCGAUGUUCCUGAAAUGGGUCAUUAUUCUAUUGGUAAUAUUUUCUUUAAUAAAAAUCAACCAAUGGAAAAAAUUGAAUCUUUAAAAUUGAUUUUCGAAUCGUUGGCUAAAGAUCAAGAUUUGAACGUCUUGGGUUGGAGAAAAGUCCCUGUCGAUUCAUCCAUCUUGGGUGAAGUUGCUUUGUCAAGAGAACCUUUGAUCUUACAACCUUUGAUUGUCCCCAUCGAUGUCAAAUUGGAAAAUUUCGAUUCUUUUGAUGAUAAUAAAUUCCAAAGAUCCUUGUAUCUUUUAAGAAAACAAGCCUCUAAAAAUAUCUCCUUAAAUGAUUGGUUCUAUGCAUGUUCCUUAAGUAAUAAAACAAUUGUUUAUAAAGGUCAAUUGACUCCAAAUCAAGUCUAUGAUUAUUUCCCAGACUUAACAAACGCUCAUUUCGAAUCCCAUAUGGCUUUGGUUCAUUCUAGAUUCUCCACAAAUACUUUCCCAUCUUGGGAUAGAGCUCAACCGUUACGUUGGUUGGCUCAUAAUGGUGAAAUCAAUACUUUAAGAGGUAAUAAGAAUUGGAUGAGAGCAAGAGAAGGUGUCAUGUAUUCUAAAACUUUUAAAGAUCAAUUAGAUCAAUUAUAUCCAAUUAUCGAAGACGGUGUCUCAGAUUCAGGUGCUUUAGAUAACGUCUUGGAAUUAUUAACCAUUAAUGGUGUCUUAUCCUUGCCAGAAGCCAUCAUGUUAAUGGUCCCUGAAGCAUAUCAUAAAGAUAUGGAUUCACAUUUAAAAGCUUGGUUCGAUUGGGCUGCUUGUUUAAUGGAACCUUGGGAUGGUCCAGCUCUUUUAACUUUCACAGAUGGUCGUUAUACAGGUGCCAUGUUAGAUAGAAAUGGGUUAAGACCUUGUCGUUAUUACGUCACCUCUGAUGAUAGAGUCAUUUGUGCUUCCGAAGUAGGUGUCAUCCCAAUACAAAACUCUUUGAUCAUUCAAAAGGGCAAAUUGAAACCGGGUGAUAUGUUCUUAAUUGAUACAGAUGCUGGUGAAAUCGUAGACACAAAGAAAUUGAAAUUGAAAUUCGCCAAAAGAAAAGAUUUCAAAUCUUGGUUAUCCAAAAUUAUUAAAUUAGAUGAUUUGAUUGAAAAAUUAAAUACAAAUUCAACUUCUUUGAAAUCUUUAAAAUCCAUAAUCGAUACUUCUCCUGAAUUACCUUCCUUAAAAGUUCAAAGUGAUCCACGUCUCUUAGCCAAUGGUUAUACUUUUGAACAAGUCUCAUUCUUAUUGACCCCAAUGGCUUUAACUGGUAAAGAAGCUUUAGGUUCUAUGGGUAACGAUGCUCCCUUAGCUUGUCUAAACCAAGACCCUGUAUUAGUUUAUGAAUAUUUCAGACAAUUAUUUGCUCAAGUGACAAACCCUCCAAUUGAUCCAAUUCGUGAAGCAAACGUCAUGUCUUUGGAAUGUUAUGUUGGUCCACAGGGAAAUCUAUUAGAUAUGGAAUCAGAACAAUGCAAUCGUUUAUUAUUAAAAUCUCCUAUUUUACGUUGGAACGAAUUUAAAGCCUUAGAAAAUAUUGAAUUGAUUCAUCCUUCUUGGACUAUUGGUAAUAUCGAUAUCACUUUUGAUAAAUCAGAAGGUUUAUUAGGUUAUACUGCUGCCAUUGAUCGUAUUAAUAAAGAAGCUAGUAAUUUAAUUGAUGAACGCAAGAAAAUACUUAUUUUGUCUGAUAAAAAAAUGGGUCCUUCUAGAAUCUCUGUAUCUUCAUUAAUCGCAGUUGCUUCAGUACAUCAUCAUUUAGUAAGAAAUAAACAACGUUCAAAUGUUGCCAUUAUUUUAGAAACUGGUGAAGCUAAAGAAGUUCAUCAUUUCUGUGUAUUAUUAGGUUAUGGUUGUGAUGGUAUUUAUCCAUAUUUGGCCAUGGAAAGUUUAGUUAGAAUGAAUAAUGAAGGUUUGAUCCGUAAUGUUCAAAAUGAUGAUAUCAAUCUAAAUGAAAAUACUUUAUUAGAUAACUAUAAGCAUGCUGUUGAUGCAGGUAUAUUAAAAGUCAUGUCUAAGAUGGGUAUUUCCACAUUAGCUUCUUAUAAAGGUGCUCAAAUCUUUGAAGCUUUAGGUGUUGAUAAUUCAGUCAUUGAUUUAUGUUUCACCGGUACUGCUUCAAGAGUCAACGGUGUUACUUUUGAAUUUAUUGCCCAAGAUGCAUUCUCCUUACAUGAACGUGGUUAUCCUUCAAGACCUGUCGUUUCAAGAUCUGUCAAUUUACCAGAAAGUGGUGAAUACCAUUAUAGAGAUGGUGGUUAUAAGCAUGUUAAUGAUCCAACUGCUAUUGCCUCUUUACAAGAUUCUGUUACUAAUAAGAACGAAACUGCUUGGAGAAUGUACGUCAAAAAGGAAAUGGAAGCCAUUAGAGAAUGUACUUUGAGAGGUUUACUAAGGUUAGAUUUCGAAAAUUCUACUCCUAUUCCACUUGACCAAGUUGAACCUUGGACUGAAAUCGCUAGAAGAUUCGCUUCAGGUGCUAUGUCUUAUGGUUCCAUUUCCAUGGAAGCCCAUUCCACUUUAGCCAUUGCCAUGAACCGUUUGGGUGCUAAAUCUAAUUGUGGUGAAGGUGGUGAAGAUGCUGAAAGAUCUCUUGUUAGUCCAAAUGGUGACACUAUGAGAUCAGCUAUCAAACAAGUUGCCUCCGCUAGAUUCGGUGUCACUUCACAUUAUUUAUCUGACGCUGAUGAAAUCCAAAUUAAAGUUGCCCAAGGUGCUAAACCUGGUGAAGGUGGUGAAUUGCCAGCUCAUAAAGUUUCUAAAGAAAUUGCCAAGACUAGACACUCUACUCCAAAUGUCGGUUUGAUUUCUCCUCCACCUCAUCAUGAUAUUUAUUCCAUUGAAGAUUUGAAGCAAUUGAUUUAUGAUUUGAAAUGUGCUAAUCCAAGAGCUGGUAUUUCUGUUAAAUUAGUGUCUGAAGUUGGUGUUGGUAUUGUUGCCUCAGGUGUGGCUAAAGCUAAAGCUGAUCAUAUUUUGGUUUCUGGUCAUGAUGGUGGUACUGGUGCUGCUAGAUGGACUUCAGUCAAAUAUGCAGGCUUACCUUGGGAAUUAGGUUUAGCUGAAACUCAUCAAACUUUAGUUUUGAAUGAUUUAAGACGUAAUGUUGUCGUUCAAACUGAUGGUCAAUUAAGAACUGGGUUUGAUAUUGCCGUCGCAGUUCUAUUAGGUGCAGAAUCAUUUACAUUGGCUACUAUCCCAUUAAUUGCCAUGGGUUGUGUUAUGUUAAGAAGAUGUCAUUUGAACGUUUGUGCAGUUGGGAUUGCUACUCAAGAUCCAUACUUGAGAUCUAAGUUCAAAGGUCAACCAGAACAUGUUAUCAAUUUCUUCUACUAUUUGAUUCAAGAUUUAAGAGAAAUUAUGGCUAAAUUAGGUUAUCGUACCGUUGAUGAAAUGGUUGGUCAUUCCGAAAAAUUAUUAAAGAGAGAUAAUGUUAAUCCAAAGGCUUUGAAUAUUGAUUUAGGUCCAAUUUUAACUCCAGCUCAUGUCAUCCGUUCUGAUGCUGAAACUAGAUUUACCAAAAAGCAAGAAAUGAAAUUACACACUCGUCUAGAAAAUAAAUUAAUUGAUGAAGCAGAAAUUACUUUAGACCGUGGUUUACCUGUUACUAUUGAUGCUAAGAUUGUCAAUACCGAUCGUGCAUUGGGUUCUACUCUAUCUUAUAGAAUUUCCAAGAAAUUCGGUGAACAAGGGUUACCAAAGGACACUGUCGUUGUGAACAUUGAAGGUUCUGCUGGUCAAUCAUUUGGUGCCUUCUUGGCUCCUGGUAUUACUUUCAUCCUAAAUGGUGAUGCUAACGAUUAUGUUGGUAAAGGUUUAUCUGGUGGUACUAUUGCUAUUAGACCACCAAAGGAUUCUUCAUUUAGAAGUGAUGAAAAUGUCAUUGUUGGUAAUACUUGUUUCUACGGUGCUACUUCUGGUAAUGCCUAUAUCUCUGGUUGUGCUGGUGAACGUUUCGGUGUACGUAACUCUGGUGCAAACAUUGUCAUUGAAAGAAUUAAAGGUAAUAAUGCUUUCGAAUAUAUGACUGGUGGUAGAGUUGUUGUUUUAAGUCAACUAGAAUCAUUGAAUGCAUUCUCAGGUGCUACUGGUGGUAUUUCUUACUGUUUGGUAUCAGACUUUGAUGAUUUCGAUGGUAAGGUUAAUAAAGAUACUGUAGAAUUAGAAGAUUUAUCUGAUCCAGUUGAAAUCGCUUUAGUUAAGAAUAUGAUUCAAGAACACGUGAACUUAACUGAUUCUAAAUUAGGUGCUAAGAUUUUGAAUAGCUUUAACUAUUACUUGAAAAACUUUGUGAAGGUAAUUCCAACUGAUUACAAGAAGGUUUUAAUUAAAGAAAAAGAGAACUUGGCAAAACAAAAACAAAAGGAAGCUGAAGCAUUCUUGAAUAAACUUCAAAGAAAUAAUAACCAUGAAGAAAUGGAUGCUACAAACGGUGAAGUAAAGAGUUUAUUGUCUGCUAAAGUUCAAGCUCAAAAUUCAGCAGUAUCCAAUAAUUCUACAUUGAAAGAACCAAAAUUAGUUGAUUUAGAAGAUGCUAUUCCUGAUCAAGAAGCUAAUGAAAAGAAAAUUGAAAAGUUGGAAAAAUUACGUGGUUUCAUGACAUAUCAAAGACGUCAAGAAAAAUAUAGACCUGCUAAAGCAAGAGCUAAGGAUUGGGAUGAAUUUACAGCGCCAUUAUCUAAAAAGGAAUCAAGAAUUCAAGCUGCAAGAUGUAUGGAUUGUGGUACUCCUUUCUGUUUAUCAGACACUGGUUGUCCAGUUUCCAACAUUAUUCCUAAAUUUAACGACUUAAUCUUCAAGAAUGAAUGGAAACUAGCUUUGGAUAAGUUAUUAGAAACUAACAAUUUCCCAGAAUUUACUGGUAGAGUUUGUCCAGCUCCAUGUGAAGGUGCUUGUACUUUAGGUAUUAUUGAAUUGCCAGUUGGUAUUAAAUCAAUUGAAAGAAUUAUUAUUGAUAAUGCUUUUAAGAAUGGCUGGAUUAAACCAAAUCCACCAUCUCAUCGUACCGGUAAGACUAUUGGUAUUAUUGGUUCUGGUCCUUCAGGUUUAGCUUGUGCUGAUCAAUUGAAUAAAGCGGGUCAUAAUGUUGUUGUUUAUGAAAGAAAUGACAGAUGUGGUGGUUUACUAAUGUACGGUAUUCCAAAUAUGAAAUUGGAUAAAUCUGUGGUACAACGCCGUAUUGAUUUAUUAAAGGCAGAAGGUAUCGAAUUUAUGACUAAUGUUUCCAUUGGUAAGGAUAUUUCUGUUGAAGAAUUAAAAGAACAGCAUGAUGCUGUCGUGUUUGCCAUUGGUUCCACCAUUCCAAGAGAUUUGCCAAUUAAGGGUCGUGAAUUAAAGAAUAUUGAUUUUGCUAUGUCAUUGUUAGAAAAGAAUACUAAAGCUUUAUUAAACAAUGAACUUGAAGUUGUACGUGAGCAAAUCCAAGACAAGAGAGUUAUUGUUAUUGGUGGUGGUGAUACUGGUAACGAUUGUUUAGGUACUUCUGUUAGACAUGAAGCUAAAUCUGUUGUUAAUUUCGAAUUAUUGCCACAACCACCACAGGAAAGAUCUAAGGAUAAUCCAUGGCCACAAUGGCCAAGAAUCAUGAGAGUUGAUUAUGGUCAUGCGGAAGUUAAACAACAUUAUGGUAAAGAUCCAAGAGAAUACUGUAUUUUAUCUAAGGAAUUCAUUGGUAAUGAAGAAGGUGAAGUCACCGGUAUCAAGACAGUCCGUGUUGAAUGGAAGAAAUCUGAAAGUGGUGUUUGGCAAAUGAUUGAAAUUCCAAAUAGUGAAGAAACUUUUGAAGCCGAUAUUGUACUAUUAUCUAUGGGGUUCAUUGGUCCUGAAUUAUUAUCCGAUGAUAAUAUUAAAAAGACUAAGAGAGGCACUAUUGAUACCUUAGAAGACUCUUCUUAUUCCAUUGAUGGUGAAAAAUUAUUCGCUGCAGGUGAUUGUAGAAGAGGUCAAUCUUUAAUUGUUUGGGCCAUACAAGAAGGUAGAAAAUGUGCAGCGUCUAUCGAUACAUUCUUAAUGGGCAAUACCUACUUACCAAACAAUGGUGGUAUUGUUAAACGUGAUUAUCAAUUAUUGGAAGAACUAGCCGCUAAAGUUAAUUAG